AUGAGUCCUCGGUCGACCAUUGCUCUUGAGGGUGAAACUCGAUGUCUUGCAGGGUCAUCUGGUUGUCGUCAGACGGUGCUUUUGCAGCGGUGGCGGGAGGAAAAAGAAGUCUUCAGGCUUGAACCUUCCUGCAACAAUACCUACCUCGCGAAGAAGGGUCACGAGCGCGGUGAUCGCGUCUGUCACCGUUCUCAGCUUGGGAAGGGUUCACACAGGUCCACUGAGCUGACCCAGCAGUCGGAUCUCUAG